ACUCCGGUCAAACAGGGGGCGCUGUGGAAGAUUGUGUCCCCCAAACGGUCCAUCAUCUAGACUGUAUAGCUAACCAACAAUCAGCUAGUGGCCCUCCACUAGUUUUUGACAACAAGGACUCUGUCGAGAAUGUUCUCAUCUUGACCAUUGGCCCCAAAACUGACAAUACUUACUAUAAAACUUUGUAUUCUUUGAAGUUAUACGCCAUGGAGCCGUCUGCGCCCAAAAGCAAGCUGAAAAAGCUGAGCGAGGACAGUUUGACCAAACAACCAGAGGAAGUGUUUGAUGUUUUAGAGAAACUCGGUGAAGGUUCCUAUGGCAGCGUGUUCAAAGCCAUCCAUAAGGAGUCAGGCCAGGUGGUGGCCAUCAAGCAGGUUCCUGUGGAGUCUGAUCUGCAGGAGAUCAUCAAAGAGAUUUCCAUCAUGCAGCAGUGUGACAGCCCUUACGUAGUGAAAUACUAUGGCAGCUACUUCAAGAAUACAGACCUUUGGAUUGUGAUGGAGUACUGUGGUGCCGGCUCUGUCUCUGACAUCAUCAGACUACGCAACAAGACAUUGACUGAGGAAGAGAUUGCCACUAUCCUGAAGUCGACACUGAAGGGUCUUGAAUACCUUCACUUCAUGAGGAAGAUCCAUCGGGACAUUAAGGCAGGAAACAUCCUCCUCAACACCGAGGGACAUGCCAAACUGGCAGACUUUGGAGUUGCUGGACAACUAACGGACACUAUGGCAAAGAGAAACACUGUAAUUGGUACUCCAUUCUGGAUGGCCCCAGAGGUGAUUCAGGAGAUCGGCUACAACUGUGUGGCUGACAUCUGGUCCCUGGGCAUCACGUCCAUAGAGAUGGCAGAGGGCAAACCUCCCUAUGCUGACAUCCAUCCCAUGAGAGCAAUCUUCAUGAUCCCCACCAACCCUCCUCCCACAUUCAGAAAGCCAGAGCUUUGGUCAGAUGACUUUACAGACUUUGUCAAGAAGUGUCUGGUCAAGAAUCCAGAGCAGAGAGCAACCGCCACGCAGCUCCUACAGCACCCAUUUAUCAGCCAGGCCAAGCCGGUCACAAUCCUUAGAGACUUGAUUACUGAAGCCAUGGAGAUGAAGGCCAAGAGGCAGCAGGAGCAGCAGAGAGAGCUGGAGGAGGAGGAUGACAACUCUGAAGAGGAGACAGAGGUGGACUCUCACACUAUGGUGAAGUCUGGCUCCGAGGGUGCAGGAACCAUGCGGGCCACCAGCACAAUGAGCGAUGGAGCACAGACCAUGAUUGAACACGGCAGCACCAUGCUAGAGUCUGACCUGGGCACAAUGGUCAUCAACAGUGAUGAUGAUGACGAGGAGGAGGAAGAUCAGGGAUCAAUGAGGAGGCACGCCACUCCUCAGCAGCCAAUACGUCCAUCCUUCAUGGACUAUUUUGACAAGCAGGACUCCAACAAGGCAGCCCAGCAACAGGAGAAUUACAACCAUAACCAGCCGCAGGAGCAGUCCGGCUACCACAUCCAGUCCAAGAAUGUCUUCCCUGACAACUGGAAGGUGCCUCAGGAUGGAGACUUCGACUUUCUGAAGAACCUGGACUUUGAGGAGCUGCAGCUGCGCCUGACUGCGUUGGAUCCCAUGAUGGAGCGGGAGAUUGAGGAGCUCAGGCAGCGCUACACCGCCAAGAGACAGCCCAUCCUGGAUGCCAUGGAUGCCAAGAAGAGACGACAACAGAACUUCUGAGGGUCCCUUCCUCUAGUCUCGGUUUACCAAAGUCACCAUCACCACAAAACUUACGUCCCAUUGACUCAGAGGAACUAAGAUGACCUUAUUGUCUUUGUUGAAAACCCACUGUUGUUCUGACUCCCAACUGCCUCUAAAUGAAGUUGGAUGCUUUUACAUCCAUUUUGGCUCCUGGAAUCUACACUUAUCUGCCUUGUUUCUACACUAUGUCUAGAUGCUGUUAGUCCAAAAUAUUUGUUUCUAUGGAUCCUAUAAAGUUGCCCUCCCGUGAAUAAUACUCAGGACUGCGGCCGAAGAGAGAACGCUUGGUGCAAAACUCUACUUCUGUUCUACUUCCGCUCCCUCAAGUGUUUGGGUGUAUACUUGUGGCAAGAUGGCAGUUUUUUACACCAGACGUCUCCAAGACCCGCCUGAAAGUCACAACAUGAAUUUCUCCUUUUCAACAUGAAAUAACGUUCCAUGUCACACAGAAAGCCCUCAGGCAAUCCCCAUCAACCCAUAAGGAAGCCUAUCCUCUGGCAGUAGCGGCAGUAUAAUCACAGUGGUCAAUGACAAGUGGUAUUUUCUUUCCUCAGACUUUCAGUGUAAAUAGAAUAUAGAGCCUAGUUUGGAAAUACCUGCAACAAAAAGCUGUGGAGGCUUGUCCAUGACCAAAGACAAUCAAGAUGAUUAAGUUGAGAAUGCCUUAAAAUAUUUAACACCUGGUUUUAAAAUAUGAAAUGUAAUAUUACAACUAAGUCGUGAGCUAGUUAAAUCUAUUUCUUCUCAUCCUAAAUAAGUUUUAAGUGGACUGUGGAAAGCCGUAAUAAUGGACAGAAAUGACGGAAGUCAUGUGGGUGGUGAACGGGUUAUGUAUGUUCGCAUGGUGGACUUAAAUUCAAAACAUUAAUUAUUUCAAAUUGUCUUGUAUUUAAUUAUGUUGUUUAUGGGCUCCUUUUAUAAACAUCCAGUGCAUUGUCUAUAUUGACUCCAUGCAUCUUGGUGUCUCAUAACACACCUGUCCCACUUACCCACUGCUCUUCAUUAAGUCAAAACCUGUGCUGUUACUGGACAAAAUGAUCCGCUUCUUUUGAAUUAAAACCAGAGUUGGCACUAAAAUUCAAAAAAGCAAAGCAUUCCAAAAUACUGUGACUUUUAUUUGAAUGUCCCUGCAGUCUUUAAAAAAAAAACUGCACAUUUUUUCAAGUUUUAAUUAUGUUUUUUGUAAUUGUUCCAUACUAUGAUCGAACAACUACCAAUUCAAACAUGAAUUAGAUAUUGAGCGAUCUAAUGUGCAAAGCAGUGAAGGAGACGCCCGGUGUUGGGGACAAGUAGUCCUGUAAAUUGACUAGUAACUAUAAAAGACUCAAGUGACUGACUGACAUUAAAGAAAAACCAAGCCACUGCUGCUGUCUGAAUUUCAGACUCAUUUAAAAAAAAAUUGCAUUAAGAUUUUUUUAAACAAAUUUCCCUUUAUCACUGUUUCAGCAGGUAUGAUGGAGAAUGUGCUGUUUUUGGUUUCUCCAUUACAGUUUUCUGACAUUUAGGUGUGAUUAUUGAUGAAGGAAUGAAGAUUUGCACAUGCUCAUUAUUUAUACAAAACUGUCAGUGCAGUGAUUGUUUUCUUUAAACAAAUUGAAAGAAAAUGUCAUGUGUUUAUCCUAAAAAUAUUAAUAUUGGCUGCUAUCAGAUUAUCUGCUCUCAAAUAUUUAGAGAAUUAUUGGACUCAAAAAUCCAUUGUCAGUUGGGCUUUAUUUCACAAUUUUGAAUGUUUAAUUGAAAACUCAUGCUACUCUUACAUCAUGAGAGAAAAACAUCUCUGUUGUUUAGUUUUGACAUAGAAUUUACUUGUGCUAAUAUUUACCCUUUGAAAGAAUUCUAUAUACGUGUACAAUAUUUCUGCAGGUUUCUGUUACAUAUGUUAAUACAGUCUUGAUGGUUCAACCCAUACUUACUGCAUAUUGACAUUUUUUUAUUCCAUAAUUUUAUGAAAAUACUGUACAUUAUUCUACAUUUAAACAGCUGAAUUUAAGUUUCAGCUAGUAUGGUUUCUUUCCCAUGAUUAUAUCUGUAAGCUGUUUUUUGGUCUUAUAUUUUAACUGUUCUUUCCCAGAAAUCAAUAACAUUCUUGACGUGCAUUGUUUUCAUGAAUUAAGUCUACAGUCCAUUGGCAACUUACACACAAGCAUUCACAAUUUAUUUAUUUAACAUGUUUAAAACUUUUUCUUUUUGUGACGCUGGUUUAAAUAUGGUAGCUGAUUUGGCUGUUAAUAUUUCCGCCCUUUGUCAAACGUGGCUUGAUUUCCGCGUGUUUUAGAAUGCAUGUUUAUAAUUAUGUUUGCUAUUUAGUAGAAUGCUUUUGUAUUAACUGCACAGGUAAGUAAUGUUAAUAUGGAAGCUGGGUUUGCAGCUUAAACAACAUUUUUGCUCACUACAAU